AUGUAUGUGCUCGAUGUAUUCUCCGGUACUGUAACGUCAGGCACGUGUUCGCCAGUUGCAGAAGCAGUAGCUACGACCAGCUCCUGUCUCAACGUGUUGGCUGAUAGCUUUGCCAGUGAAAAGAGUGACCAAAUCUACGCCAAAGUCAAAGAGAAUGGCUUUGAUGGCGAAGAAAGCUUUCAGCUGCAAAUUCUUUUGCCGGUCGCCUUGACGUUAAGAAACACUUACUUCCAAAAAAAGUUAAACCUGCUAGAUGAAGAUGUCAUGAGCAUUAAAGAGCUUUUCAAGGUUUUGCUUGUCGCUAAACUGAAAGUGCUGAUGAAUGCCGAGCUGAAAAGCGAUUCCAAUUUCGUCAUCGAGGUGACAUUUAAUCAUGCUGAGGGGAACAAAGAGUGUGGCCAGCUGGUAGACAUUUCACCGGAAACCUUUUUUGCGAAAAAAUGCCGAAAAUCGAGCGCAGAAGCUUUUGUGAAUCAUUCCUCGGUGUUGCGGGUCAUCAAUCAACUGAGCAGAGACUCCAUUUGCCAGCUCAAGUUGGGUGAUAUUCGUGAAGAAUGCACCAUUUCGGAGAUUUUACUGAAAAAUGAGCCUCUCUACAUUGCGGGCAGAUAUUUGAAAUAUUCUCGACAACUCUCUCAAACACCGUGGUUCACUGAUGGGGGCGCGAUGAUCAAGUCCUCGGUUCAGGAGAGAAUAACCAGCGGCGUCGAAAAGUACAUCAGCUAUAAGGACAUCAAGUUCAGUUCUUCUGGCAGAGAGGACGUUGACGUGCGAAUGCUCGGUCGCGGAAGACCAUUUCUCCUGGAGAUACUGCAUCCUCGCCUACUAACCACCGAAGAUACGAUGAAUAAAAUAAAAACGUUCAUCAACAAGUCGUACGAUGAUGUUCAGGUGCGAGAUUUGCAGAUUGUCGACCGGGGAGCGUGUCAGAAGUACUUGAAGGAAGGUGAAGAGGACAAGACAAAGACAUAUCAGCUCAAAGCUUUGCAAGAAGUAAUUAUAAAUGAGAGUAACAUUGAAUGA